AUGACAUCCUCCACCAACCUCGUAAACGAGAAGGGUCAGGACCUCCCCUACCCCGACGCAGAUACCGAGUACAACAGCGUCUCCGACAAGGAAAAAGAAGCCAGAGACAAUGAAUCAUUCAUUGAAUACGAAUACGAUUCAGCACAAACACCCCACCAACCUCCCUUCUACCGCCGCAAAAAAGUCAUCUGGACCUGUGUUAUCGGCACCAUCAUCUUCCUCGCCAUCUUCAUCCCCCUCUUGAUCUUUGUCAUCAUCCCCAAGAUUGCUCAGGCGAUGCUCAACUCUUCGUCGAUGUCCGUCCUUCAGUUGAACAUGACUAACCCUGGCGAGACUUCUCUUACUGUCGCUGUCAGUGUGGAGGUUGGAGGAAUUCCAAAGAUCUUUACGGCAGAUAUGGAGUUUACAGAGGAGGUGGUGGUCAGUUGGAAUGGACAGGCCAUUGGAUCGAUGUCAUUGGAUCCUGUGCAUGUCUCAGGUGGAAAGGGUAACAUCUUGCAGUCAACUGCUUUUGCGAUCGUGAACAAAGAUGCCUUUGCCGCCUUCGCCAAAGACAUGCUCGCUGCGGAUGGAUUCGAGUGGACGCUAACUAGUACCGCAACCCUCAAGGCCCUUGGACAGACGAUCAAGAACCUCGAAGUCAACAAGGUCCUCAAAAUGAACGGCCUGAGCAACUUCUCUAACCUCAAAAUCCUCAAGUUCGACCUGCCCGCCGAUGCCCCCGAAGGUGCCAAGAUCUCCAUCACGGCCGCCAUCGCCAACCCUUCGCCCAUCGGAAUGUCCCUCGGAACCGUCACCCUCGACAUGAGCUUUGAGACAGCCUACCUCGGUCGCGUCGUCGCUAAGGAUGUUACCCUGAUUGGGGGGCAGCCCAUGAUCCUCAACCUCGAGGGAACUCUUCUCAAGCAGACCGAACAGGUUCACCUCGACGAGCUCUCGUUGCUCAUGUCCAACUACCUCGGCGGUAUUGUUACCCCCGCCAAGGCCAAGGGUGUCUCUGUUCUCCCCGACGGUGUCAACGCCGUCUCCUGGUUGACUUCCGCCGUCACUGCCAUGACCAUGACGGUCCCCCUCGUCUCGCCUGAGCCCUUGAGUGUUAUCCAGGGGUUGAACAUUGUCGAUAUGGGCCUGACUAUCCGCCCCGAUGCUCCUUGGAACCCCAUUGCGGUUUCCAACGCCGUCAACGCCGUGUUCAAAUUGCCAUUCAACAUCUCCAUCAACAUCACCCAGCUCGCCAACGCCACCAUGACCUUGAUCUACAAGGGUACUCCUUUUGCCGACCUGACCACUGCUGUCUGGAACCAGACCACAUCCGACAUGGCCAACAACAAGAUUGUCUUCACCAUGCCCCCCUCGCCCCUGAAUGUCAACGAUAACGCUCACGAGGCCUUCCAAGCUUUCUUGACCGAGGUUGUUCAGAACACUGACUCUGGAUUCGAGAUCAAGGGUAGCGCUGACACUGUUGCCACUACUCCUAUGGGUAUUGUUCGUCUCAAGGUUCCAUUUACUUCUGCUGUUUCCUUGAAGGGUAUUGGAUUUUCCUCUGUCUCGCCUACUAUCUCCAACGUCACCGUCAUUGGCGGCAAUGCCGACUAUGUCACCCUCUCUGCAAACGUCGACAUCAACAACCCCUCCAUCUUCUCGGUCGAUGUCGGUCCAGUCAGCUUGACGAUUAGCGGCACUGCCGGCGGCAUGGCCGGCGUCAUGGGAGAUGUCAUCCUGCCCAGCCUCAAGUUUGCCCCCGGUCUGACUACCCUGGCUGCACAGGUCCGCUUCCACCCUUCGGACCCCGCCUUCCGCGAUGCCUUCUUCUCCGGGUUUGUUGCCGGCAAUAUCUUUGACUGUACCAUCACCGGAACCGCCCAGUCGACCGACAUUGCCUCGAUGGCGCCCGUUCUCGCAGCCCUGGUCAUGAAGACUCAGGUUCCCGGUAUCAUCCCCGCUCCUCACUUGAUCGUCUCUGGAAACGGUGCCCCUUCGAUCGGAACAGUCAUCGGAAACCGCCAGAUCCCCUUGACGGUCUCUAUCCUCAACCCUCUCCAGACCACGCUAUCCAUCGACGACAUUAAGGCCCAGGUCUUCUGGGAGGGCAACUUUUUCGGUACCAUCGAUACCGCCGUCCCCUUCUCGAUUGCCCUCGGCGCCACCGCCGCCUCCCCUCCAUUGGUUGUCCAGGCCCCCUCUGGUUUCGAGUUUGGUCUGUUCAUGAUCUCGACUUUCUUGCCCAAGAACAUGGGCGUCCUCACAGGUACUAUCGUCAAUGUCGACAUGACUUCCAACCUUGGUGUCACUGUCGGUGCCUCCGCCGGCGCUGCAGGAUACACUGCCGGUAUCAGCUAUAACCAGACUGCCGUCCCUGCCUUCUUGAAGCUCGAUCUCGGCUUUGCCCAGAAACGUUCCUUGGAGUCGAUCAGUGCUCUUUCCCCCCGUGCUGAGCCCUCGGUUUAUGACGGACCCGAGUACCUGCAGUGGCUGCAGGAGGCCCUCUUUGCCACCUACCCCGAGGAGGCCAAGGCGUAUGUUGCCACGUUGAACAAGUGA